AUGACACUGUUGAUGCAGGAUCAAGGAGAAGAUAGUUUUCGUGGCUUAUUCUCUUUGAUGUGCUUGGGUGGUUUCUUCCUCGGAAUCACCUUGUUAACCAGGCUGAGGGAUAUUGUGCCUAGAAGUGGAAAGAAAAGCUUAUACUCUUUUCAAGAGGCUUCUCAAACUAGGGGUAACGGUGCAAUGUUGGCUUCUGAAGAAGUUAUGACAUUCAAAUCUUACCAGAACCGGGCCAAUUUGUUUGUUAAGGAAUAUUUACUAGCGGACUCUCUGAUUCCAUAUACAUCUGUUAUCAGUGGCAUGUUAGCUUGCAAGAUGGUUUUUGAUCUUACUCAACUUAUUGGUUCUAAUUACUUUAAGAUCUAUUCCAACUUCUCCAAAAUUCAACGUAUUGAGUGGAAUAACCGGUGA